AUGUCUUCUCAACACAAGAAGGCGGCAACCGGCUCGCGCUUCGUGUUGCCUGCUCUGAACCUGAAUUUUGGCAGUAUUACCGAUGGCACCGACAUCCCUCCACCUCCGGAGUCUCCGAUUGAGCCGAAUACACCCUCCAAAACGUCCAAAGGCAGCAACGAGAGCACCGAGACCAAUGACAAAACUGCGACGGCGUACGAGAACAAAGUUGGUGUGAGAAGCGUUGCUGAAAACGCGCCGCCUAGUCCUGCCGCGUCUGGUCGACAGGAUAGCAUCACUCAAGAGAGCGGACGUAGCAUCGUCAAUGCGUAUCGCCCGGCCAGUCAGAGCGGCUCCAGCGCCGUUGACUCUGAGAAAACGAGGCGCGCGAGCGGCUGGUUCAAGCGUCUAAGAUCGGGAGACAACCAGUCGAGGAGACGAUCGAGUCUCCUCGGCCUCGAACAACAUAUACCAGCGGCAGCCAAAUUGACUUCUGAUAAACCACCUCCUAAGAUUCCCCAACUUGUACAUCUCGAGAGCGACAAAGGCACCUUUGGAUCAAAUUUAUUCGAUCACAUUAAAUAA